UGACAGUAACCAUCAGUAAAUUUAUUUUGAAACUAACAACAGUAAGUAAAAUGGUUGUGGACAAAAGUUCUAUAUCAGGAAAUGCACUGGAACAAUUCGUCUUGUUGGCAAAGAAUGCCAAAGGGCCGGCAUGCGUCGAGCUAAUAAAACAAGCGCUUGACGCUCCAGGUGUCUAUGUGUUCGGGGAGCUGUUGGACAUGCAAAGUGUCACUGAGCUACAAAACAGCCCGUACAAGAACGCCUUUGAUACUCUUACAUUGUUUGCCUACGGCACCUACAAGGAUUACAUUGCUAACAUUGGACAGUAUCUUGAGCUGUCACCGGCUCAGAAAAAGAAGCUGCAACACCUAACCAUUGUCACCUUAGCAACAAAGACAAAGUGCAUUCAAUACAGCACGUUACUGCAAGAGCUUGACAUGAAGAACGUUAGGGACUUGGAGGACUUAAUUAUCGAAGCAAUUUACGCAGAUAUAAUCCACGGAAAGCUGGACCAAAAGAACAGUCUGCUCGAAAUAGAUUACGCCAUAGGCAGAGACAUUAGAGCCAAAGACAUAAACGUUAUAGUCAAUUGCUUGGAUGAAUGGUGCAAGGCUUGCGAAGGGGUUUUGAGCUGCGUAGAGACGCAAAUUCUUCGCGCCAAUUCAGAGAAGAACCAGUCGAUCUCGAGGAAGAAUGAAAUCGAUCAGGAGAUCGUUAACAUUAAGAAGACGCUGAAGACGCAGUUGAUUGAAAGGUCUGAGGUCUCGGAUGAUGCAAUGGCUACGGAUAAUAGGGAGGCUGCGGCUUCAGGGGAGAAGUUAAAAAAGACACCAAAGCUAAAAGGUAUAAGACACAGUGGUAAGUUUUGGUUAAAGUCAUAAUAAAGGCAAGAAGGUAAAUCACUAUUUCUUACUAAGAUACAAUAUAUUUAAAGUUAUGCAAUACUGUUGAUAAAUCAUAAAAUUUAUUAUAGAGUUGUUUAGUACUAUUUUGUCCUUGCUAGAUAUAAAGUAGAAAGAUCAAAUUGUUAACAAUUUAAUAAGUAAUUCACUAAUAAAUUGUUAUUACUCA